AUGUCGAACGAGUGGACCAAGAAGACCUUCACCCUCAACACCGGUGCUAAGAUCCCCGCCGUCGGUCUCGGUACCUGGCAGUCCAAGCCCAACGAGGUGCGCGAGGCCGUCAAGGCUGCUCUCCUCGCUGGCUACCGUCACAUUGACACUGCUCUUGCCUACGGUAACGAGCACGAGGUCGGUCUCGGUAUCAAGGACUCUGGCGUUCCUCGUGAGGAGAUCUGGAUCACCACCAAGCUCGACAACCCCUGGCACAAGCGCGUCGAAGAGGGCAUUACCUCUUCGCUCAAGGACCUUCAGACCGACUACGUCGACCUUUACUUGAUGCACUGGCCCAGCUCGACCGACCCCAGCGACCUCAAGAAGCACUACCCUGACUGGAACUUCGUUGACACCUGGAGAGAGCUCCAGAAGCUGCCUGCUUCUGGCCGCGUCAAGAACAUUGGUGUCUCCAACUUCGCCAUCAAGAACCUCGAGAUCCUCCUCAAGGACGAGUCGUGCAAGACCGUCCCCGCUGUCAACCAGGUCGAGCUCCACCCCAACAACCCCUCCCCCAAGCUCAUCGACUACUGCAAGGAGAAGGGCAUCCACUGCACUGCCUACUCCUGCCUCGGCUCCACCAACUCUCCUCUUGCCCACGACGAGGUCCUGAAGAAGAUUGCUGAGAGCAAGGGCAAGUCCACUGCUCAGGUCCUUCUCAUGUGGGGUCUCCAGCGUGGUACCUCAGUCAUCCCCAAGUCCGUCACCGCCUCCAGAAUCGAGGGUAACUUCCAGCUCGACGGCUGGUCAUUGACCGACGACGAGAUGAAGCAGCUCAGCAGCCGUCCCGACCGCUUCAAGGUCUGCGGCGACGCCUGGUUGCCCGUCAAGGUCUUCUUCGGCGACGACGAGUAA